GUCCCACAGGGCCUGGGCCCCAAGGUCGAGCAGCUGGGAGUGGGGCUUCCCUCACCCGCCCCCGGCCCCCGUGCGUCUUCGUGUUCAGAGAGCGGAGACCCACCAGCCCGCGGGCGGUCCACCUCCGAAAGGCCUGUUCUGGGCCGGGGGGGUUUCAGCCGCAGCCCGGGGCACUGGGAACCGGUUCUCCCAGGACUACCUGCCGAAGAGUCGCGGCUGGACCCCAGCCCUAUCAUCAUGGGCGGCCCCGAGGGGCGUUUCCAUUUUGCCAUCGACCGCGGAGGCACCUUCACAGAUGUCUUUGCCCAGUGCCCCGGGGGGCACGUGAGGGUCUUGAAGCUGCUCUCAGAGGACCCUGCCAACUAUGUAGACGCACCGACUGAGGGCAUCCGCCGCAUUCUGGAGCAGGAGGGGGGCAUGCUGUUGCCCCGGGACCGGCCGCUGGACACUAGUCGCAUUGCCAGCAUCCGCAUGGGCACCACAGUGGCCACCAACGCGUUGCUGGAGCGGCGGGGGGAGCGGGUGGCCCUGCUGGUGACACGUGGCUUCCGAGACCUGCUGCACGUGGGCACCCAGGCCCGAGAGGACCUCUUUGAUCUGCCCUCAGAGUACUCACACUCCUGUUCCUGUCUGCCACCAUGCCCUGUCCUGGAUUCUGGGUGUGGCGCGACCCAGGACGAACUGCUCAGGGCUGUGCACAUGCCUGAGGUACUGUACGAAGAGGUGCUGGAGGUGGACGAGCGCGUGGUGCUGUAUCGUGGGGAGCUGGGCGUGGGGACGCCUGUCAGAGGCCGCACAGGGGACCUGCUGGAGGUGCAACAGCCCGUGGACCUCGGGGGUCUGCGUGGGAAGCUGGAGGGGCUCCUGUCCCGAGGCAUCCGCAGCCUGGCCGUGGUGCUCAUGCACUCCUACACGUGGGCCCAGCAUGAGCAGCAGGUGGGCGCACUGGCCCAGGAGCUGGGCUUCACACACGUAUCACUGUCCUCGGAGGCCAUGCCCAUGGUGCGCAUCGUGCCUCGGGGGCACACGGCCUGUGCCGACGCCUACCUGACGCCCACCAUACAGCGUUAUGUGCAGGGUUUCCGCCGUGGCUUCCAGGGCCAGCUCAAGGACGUGCAGGUGCUGUUCAUGCGCUCUGAUGGUGGCCUGGCACCCAUGGAUUCCUUCAGCGGCUCCCGCGCUGUGUUGUCUGGACCUGCUGGGGGUGUGGUUGGCUACUCAGCCACCACCUACCGGGUGGAAGGCGGCCAGCCUGUCAUUGGCUUUGACAUGGGAGGCACAUCCACCGACGUGAGCCGCUAUGCUGGGGAGUUUGAGCAUGUCUUUGAGGCCCGCACAGCUGGGGUCACCCUCCAGGCCCCCCAGCUGGACAUCAACACAGUGGCAGCUGGUGGGGGCUCCCGCCUCUUCUUCAGGUCCGGCCUCUUUGUGGUGGGGCCAGAGUCUGCAGGAGCCCAUCCUGGCCCUGCCUGCUACCGCAAAGGGGGUCCCGUGACAGUGACGGAUGCUAAUCUGGUUCUGGGUCGCCUACUGCCUGCCUCCUUCCCCUGCAUUUUUGGGCCGGGAGAGGACCAGCCACUGUCCCCUGAGGCCUCCCGAAAGGCCCUGGAGGCUGUGGCUACUGAGGUCAACAGCUUCCUGACCAAUGGGCCUUGCCCGGCCUCCCUGCUGAGCCUGGAGGAGGUAGCCAUGGGGUUCGUGCGCGUGGCCAACGAGGCCAUGUGCCGGCCCAUCCGCGCACUCACGCAGGCACGAGGCCAUGACCCCUCAGCCCACGUUCUGGCGUGCUUUGGGGGGGCUGGUGGGCAGCAUGCUUGUGCCAUCGCCCGGGCCCUGGGCAUGGACACUGUGCACAUUCACAGGCACAGCGGGCUGUUGUCGGCACUGGGACUGGCCCUGGCAGACGUGGUGCACGAGGCGCAGGAGCCGUGCUCCUUGCCUUAUACGCCUGAGACCUUUGUGCAGCUGGACCAGAGGCUGAGCCGCCUGGAGGAACAGUGUGUGGACGCCCUGCGGGCCCAGGGCUUUCCCAGGCCCCAGAUCAGCACCGAGAGCUUCCUGCAUCUACGCUACCAGGGCACCGACUGUGCCCUGAUGGUGUCUGCCCACCAGCACCCAGCCACUGCCCGCUCGCCCCGGGCCGGUGAUUUCGGGGCCGCCUUUGUGGAGAGGUACAUGAGGGAGUUUGGCUUCGUCAUCCCUGAGCGGCCAGUGGUGGUGGACGACGUGCGUGUGAGGGGCACUGGCCGCAGUGGCCUUUGCCUUGAGGAUGUCCCCAAAGCUCAGACUGGGCCUCCCCGGGUAGACAAGAUGACCCAGUGCUACUUUGAGGGGGGGUACCAGGAAACCCCCGUAUACCUGUUGGGAGAGCUGGGCUACGGGCACAAGCUUCUGGGGCCCUGCCUCAUCAUUGACAGCAACAGCACCAUCCUGGUGGAACCAGGCUGCCAGGCAGCGGUGACUGAGACGGGGGACAUCCGCAUCUCUGUGGGGGCUGAGGCCCCAAGCACGGUGGGUGCCCAGCUGGACCCCAUCCACCUGUCCAUCUUCUCGCACCGCUUCAUGAGUAUUGCUGAGCAGAUGGGCCGCAUCCUGCAGCGCACAGCCAUCUCCACCAACAUCAAGGAGCGUCUGGACUUCUCCUGUGCCCUCUUCGGGCCGGAUGGGGGGCUGGUAUCCAAUGCCCCCCACAUCCCUGUGCACCUGGGCGCCAUGCAGGAGACCGUGCAGUUCCAGAUCCAGCAGUUGGGGGCUGACCUCCACCCUGGCGACGUGCUGCUGAGCAACCACCCCAGUGCUGGGGGCAGCCACCUGCCGGACCUGACGGUCAUCACACCGGUGUUUUGGCCGGGUCAGACUCGGCCUGUGUUCUACGUGGCUAGCCGUGGGCAUCAUGCAGACAUUGGGGGCAUCACACCAGGCUCCAUGCCCCCCCACUCCACCACACUGCAGCAGGAGGGUGCUGUCUUUCUGUCUUUCAAACUGGUCCAGGGGGGAGUCUUCCAGGAGGAGGCGGUGACUGAGGCCCUGCGGGCUCCAAGCAAGAUUCCCGGCUGUAGCGGAACUCGGAACCUGCACGACAACCUUUCGGACCUCCGUGCGCAAGUGGCAGCCAACCAGAAGGGCAUCCAGCUGGUGGGAGAACUCAUUGGGCAGUAUGGCCUGGAUGUGGUGCAGGCCUACAUGGGCCAUAUUCAGGCAAACGCUGAGCUGGCCGUGCGGGACAUGCUGCGGGCCUUUGGAACCUCCCGGCAGGCCCGAGGCCUGCCCCUGGAGGUGUCAGCUGAGGACCACAUGGACGACGGCUCCCCCAUCCGACUCCGCGUGCAGAUCAACCUGAGUCAGGGCAGCGCAGUAUUUGACUUCAGCGGCACCGGGCCUGAGGUGUUUGGCAACCUGAACGCGCCGCGGGCCAUCACGCUGUCCGCCCUCAUCUACUGCCUCCGCUGUCUGGUGGGCCGCGACAUCCCGCUCAACCAGGGCUGCCUGGCGCCCGUGCGCGUGGUGAUCCCUAGAGGCUCCAUCCUGGACCCGUCCCCUGAAGCGGCCGUGGUGGGCGGCAACGUGCUCACGUCACAGCGCGUGGUGGACGUCAUCCUAGGGGCCUUCGGGGCCUGCGCCGCCUCGCAGGGCUGCAUGAACAAUGUGACCCUGGGCAAUGCCCACAUGGGCUACUACGAGACGGUGGCCGGCGGCGCGGGCGCGGGCCCCGGCUGGCACGGGCGCAGCGGCGUGCACAGCCACAUGACCAACACGCGCAUCACCGACCCGGAGAUCCUGGAGAGCAGGUACCCAGUCAUCGUGCGCCGCUUCGAGCUGAGGCUGGGGUCUGGGGGCCGCGGCCGCUUCCGGGGCGGCGAUGGCGUCGUCCGCGAGCUGCUCUUCCGCGAGGAGGCGCUGCUGUCCGUGCUGACCGAGCGCCGCGCCUUCCAGCCCUACGGCCUCCACGGGGGCGAGCCCGGCGCCCGUGGCCUAAACCUGCUGAUCCGCAAGGAUGGCCGGACGGUGAAUCUGGGGGGGAAGACGUCGGUGCCCGUGUACCCCGGGGACGUGUUCUGCCUCCACACACCAGGCGGCGGGGGCUAUGGGGACCCGGAUGACCCCGCCCCGCAGCCGCCGGGGUCGCCCCAGCAGCUCCCAGCCUUCCCUGAGCGCGGCAGCGUCUAUGAGUACCGCAGAGCCCAGGAGGCAGUGUGA